AUGGCUGUUUUAAAUGGAGUGUCGAAGAAAUUACCCAACCGAGUUUGCCCCAGCACCUGGGCUGAUGGCCUUCGCGGACUUGCCGCUAUUUUUGUCGUUGCUAGUCAUACCUCACUGAGCUUUGCUACUUUCCUCAUCCCGCCCUCUUUUGCAGAAACUGGGAAAUCAUCUCUAUUUCAGCGCCCAUUCUUUAGACUUGUCAUUCAAGGUCAAGCAUGGGUGGCCAUAUUCUUCAUCUUACUAGGCUUCGUCAACUCGCUCAAAGCUGUCCAUCUGGCCCGGACGGGAGCAAUCUCUGAGGCUCUCAAUUCUUUAUCCAGUGGAGCGUUUCGGCGUACCGGGAGACUAGUGUUUCCUGCGGCGCUAAUCACCUUUCUGACAUGGCUUGCCUGCCAAUUCGGUGCUUUUCAAUUGGCUGGCAGUGUGGAUGCAUACUGGUUGCGAUCGACAGCUCCAAAACCUAGUGCAUCCUGGCUCAUUGCUGUGCAAGAUCUCCUUAGACAGCUGGUGGGGACCUGGCUGUAUGGGGAAAAUGCCUACGAUCAGCCUCAAUGGGCUCUACUGCCUCUCUUCCGGGGUUCGUUGUAUGUAUUCAUGACCUUGCUUGCUCUGGUGAAUACUACACCACAAUUUCGGUUGUUAGCUGAAAUGGCGUUGUACAUGUGGUCCUGGGUUACUCUAGAUGGUGGUGUUGGCGUUAAUAUCUUUGCAGGCAUGAUCCUGGCCGAGUUGUCAUUUUACAACCUUCACCAUACGCAUGGGGUGCCGCGCGUAUUCAAGCUUAUUCCAUACGCGCUGGUUCUACUUGGCUUGUACAUUUGUUCAUUUCCAGAUCAAUACGCCGAACAAACAGCUUGGUCUGCCCAACUCGCCUAUGUCGGUAAAACAAUUUUCCCAGUAGGCUCGAAUAUGAGCCGUUACUAUGCAAGUGUGGGAGCGCAGAUGGUGUGCUUUGGAGUGAUGCUUUCACCAUCCAUGCGACGAGCUCUCUCAAAUCGAUUCCUACUAUGGAUUGGAUCCAUCAGCUUCCCAUUGUACCUACUGCAUGGUCCCUUCAUGCGUUCCGUCCUAGUCUACCUUUUGUACUUCCCCAUGUCGAUCGGGUUCAAGCCUGCCAUGCAGACAGAUGGUACGCCGGAUCCGGAGUCAUAUAUCCAUACUCCGAAUACGCUGCGCCUUGGUAUUCUGAUGACCGUGUUCUUCAUGUUUUUGCUAUACGUGGUUCGUCUUUGGGCGAUCCAUGUGGAACCGAAGAUGGCGGCGGCUACUGAUUCCUUUGAACGAUUCUCCCGAUGGUGGGGAAAUAGCCGAUCCAGACAUGAGGAUAUCUUGCCAGUUGCUUACAUCAAAUAG